AUGACUCUCUUUGUUGUAUUCGUAACAGAAGGUAUAUCUAUUUUACAGCCUGCAAAUACAGCACAAGAAAAGAAAAAGAGAUUUCAAUAUCAUGUUACUAUUCAAUUGACAAGUUCUAUCUUUGCUAUCUUGGGCUUUUCUUUCAUUUUCUAUAACAAGAUUAUUUCCAAGAAAUCACAUUUUGAGUCUCUUCACAGUAAAUUAGGUCUAUUCGUCUUUAUUUGCUUAUUUAUUCAAGUUCUCUUUGGUAUCUCUAUAACGUUCUUGGCUCGUCCAUUAUUAGGUUCAGUAGAUAAAGGUAAACGUGUAUGGAGGUAUCAUCGUAUAUAUGGCUAUGUAUUACUAUUACCUUUGGUUUGGAUAACAGCUCAAUUAGGUGUACGUACA